AUGAAAGUAGUCGCCUUGGUCAGUGGUGGUAAAGAUUCAUGCUACAAUAUGGUCAAAUGUGUCCAACACGGACAUGAAAUUGUUUGUCUUGCAAACUUGAGACCUCCUAACAUUCAAGUUCAGGAACUUGAUAGUUGGAUGUUUCAAACUGUUGGUCAUAAUGUAAUUUCUGCAAUUGCUGAAUGUAUGGAAUUACCUUUAUUUAUUGGAGAAUUGAGUGGAUCUUCAUUACAAACUACAUUGGAAUAUGAUGAUCAUAAAAAGUCAAUUGAAGAUGAGGUGGAGAAUUUGUAUAAUUUAUUGAAGAGAGUUAAGGAUGAAAUGCCUGAAGUUGGAGCAGUUUCUUGUGGAGCUAUAUUUUCAGAUUAUCAAAGAUUUAGAGUGGAGAAUGUUUGUUCUCGUUUAGGAUUGGUUUCUUUGAGCUAUUUGUGGAGAAAACCUCAAGAGGAAUUGUUGGAUGAAAUGAUUAAAGCUGGGAUGAACUGUGUAUUGAUCAAGACUGCCUCUAUGGGUUUAUUCCCUAAAAAACAUUUGGGUAAAACUCUUGCAGAAUUACAACCAACAUUUAUGAAACUCAAAGAUAGUGCUGGAUUGAAUGUUUGUGGAGAGGGAGGAGAAUAUGAGAGUUUAACCUUGGAUUGUCCACUUUUCAAGAAGAGAAUUGUCAUAGAUAAGAGUGAAAUUGUAAUGAUUUCUGAAGAUGAUAUGGGCGGAGUUGGUCAUCUUUUAAUUUCUGAAUUCCAUGUUGAAAAUAAG